CCUCCUCCUCUGGUGGGCUCCUCGUCAGCUCCUAUAAAGCGAGGAGCAGACGCUCUUCAUCAAACCUUCAAGAUGAAGCACUUCGUUGUUUUGUUGGCUGUGCUGUGUGUGUGUGGCGCGGUGAGGUUCGGGCAGCUCUGCAGUGGAAACCCUUUGAACAUCAGGAGGACGUCAGACAGCUGGGGACACGGACACCACGGAGCCAGCCGGGGCAGCAGAGAGCACCAGGGCCUGGACAUCCGGUGCAGGGAUGGCGCCACGGUCUACGCCCCGUUUGAUGUGACCCUCCACGGAAAGGUCACUGUGUACACCAACGCCAGCAAGGCAGCCAUCAACAGCGGGGUCAACCUGAGGGGUCAAGGCCUGUGCUUCAAGCUGUUCUACGUCCGGCCCGACUCCGCCUCCGGCUCGGUGAGGAAGGGCCGGCGGCUCGGCGUCAUGAUGCCGAUGCAGACGGUGUACCCGGGCAUCACCUCGCACGUCCACGUCCAGAUGUGUGACCAGAGCGACCCCACGCCCUACUUCUGAUGCCCCCUUCAAGGACCUCUGUAACUUCCUGUUUGUCCACACUGACGCUUUUUAUUGGCUCAUCUGUUAUAAAAAAACUUACAGAACA